AUGGUCUCUUUUCUUUAUACAACCCAGAAAGAGACUGAUCCAUUUCCCCUAUAUGAUCCGAAAAGAGACUGGUCCCUUCCCCCUCCAUAUGCUCCAGAAAGAGACUGGUCCCCCCCCAUAUGCUCCAGAAAGAGACUGGUCCCCCCAUAUGCUCUGGAAAGAGACUGGACCCUUCUCCCCCUAUAUGAUCCGGAAAGAGACUGGUCCCUACCCCCACCUUAUAUGAUCCGGAAAGAGACUGGUCCCUUUCCCCUAUACGAUCAACCCCUCGCACACCAUACGAUCCGGAAAGAGACUGGUCCCUUUCAACCCCCCACACACCAUACGAUCCGGAAAGAGACUGGUCCUUUCAACCCCCGCACGCCAUACGAUCCGGAAAGAGACUGGUCUCUUUCAACCCCCGCACACCAUACGAUCCGGAAAGAGACUGGUCCCUUUCAACCCCCGCACGCCAUACGAUCCGGAAAGAGACUGGUCCCUUUCAACCCCCGCACACCAUACGAUCCGGAAAGAGACUGGUCCCUUUCAACCCCCGCACACCAUACAAUCCGGAAAGAGACUGGUCCCUUUCAACCCCCGCACACCAUACAAUCCGGAAAGAGACUGGUCCCUUUCAACCCCCGCACACCAUACGAUCUGGAAAGAGACCAGUCCCUUUCUCUAUAUAAGAAUGAGAGAUAA